AUGCAGCAGUACGUCAGCCUCCAAAACCUUUCCAUAUGUUUCCAGCUCUUAAUGCUCUCCUGUCAAACCCAGGGGGAGAAUCAACCGUCUCCUAAUUUUAACCAGUACGUGAGGGACCAGGGCGCCAUGACAGACCAGCUGAGCCGAAGGCAGAUCAGGGAGUACCAGCUCUACAGCCGGACCAGUGGCAAGCAUGUCCAGGUGAACGGCAAAAGGAUCACCGCCACGGCAGAGGAUGGCAACAAAUUCGCAAAGCUGAUCGUGGAGACGGACACCUUUGGGAGCCGUGUGCGCAUCAAAGGAGCCGAGAGCGAGAAAUACAUCUGCAUGAGCAAGAGGGGGAAGCUCAUUGGAAAACCCAAUGGCAAGAGCAAAGACUGCAUCUUCACUGAGAUCGUUCUGGAGAACAACUACACAGCCUUCCAGAAUGCCCGCCAUGAGGGCUGGUACAUGGCCUUCACGCGCAAGGGCCGCCCUCGGAAAGCCACCAAGAGCCGCCAGAACCAGCGGGAGGCACACUUCAUCAAGCGCCUCUACCGCGGCCAGCUGCCCUUCCCCAACAACGCCGAGCGGCAGAAGCAGUUUGAGUUUGUGGGGUCCUCCUCCCCGACGCGCCGGACGAAGCGCACCCGCACUCCGCGGCCCCGCACGUAG